AUGUCCGACCACCAAUACAAGUUCAACGUCAGCAUGAGCUGCGGCGGUUGCUCCGGUGCCGUGGAACGAGUCCUGAAGAAGCUCGAGGGUGUCAAGUCCUUCGACGUCAACCUGGAAUCCCAGACCGCAAACGUUGUCACCGAACCUUCUGUGCCCUACGAUACCGUGCUGGCUACGAUCAAGAAGACUGGAAAGACGGUCAACAGUGGAGAGGCUGAUGGCCAGACUAUGAGUGUCUAA